GAUUUCUUAAGUUUACGUGCCCUUAAACCCUAACAUAACUUCCCCGCCUCUCUAUACCUCAACCCCUUCGAGCAUCCUUUCUUCCGUCUUUCGUUACGGCGGUUCAACAAGCAACAAUCUUCAUCUUCUGGUUAAAUGGCUGUUAAAGGUAAAAAGACACAAAAGAAAUCAAACAGAAAUGAGAAAAGUAAGGAGUUUGUAUCUGUCAAUAAGAAAAAGAAGAAUGAGGUGUUGAGUGAAUCUGAUAUGGAAGAUGAAGAAGUUGAGGUUGUUAAAGGUAAGAACUCACAGAAGAAAGCAAGCAAAAAGGAGAAAAGUAAGGAGUUUGUUGCGGUUAACAAGAAAAAGAAAAAUGAGGUGUUGAGUGAAUCGGAUAUGGAAGAUGAAGAAGAUGAAGAAAUGCAGAGUGUUGAUGGUGAUGAAGGUGGAGAUUCGGGGUCGGAUAUGUCGUCGGAUGGGGAUGAUGCGUUUGCGGGUGAUUUUCUACAGGGCAGUGAUGAUGAAGAAAUGGGGUCCGGUUCCCAAUCAGAUUUGGAUUCUGACGAUUCCGAUAUCGAGACCAAAUCUAAGGCGAUUGAUGACGCGAAAGAGAGAGAAGAAAAAGAGGCUUUAGAUGAACUACGACUGAACAUUAAAGAAGCACCUGAUGAGUUCAGAUUGCCAACACAAGAGGAACUUGAAGUCGAAGCUCGUGGACCCCCUGAUCUUACCGGUCUUCAACAAAGAAUAAAAGAGAUUGUUCGAGUUCUCUCGAAUUUUACUUCGUUGAGGCAAGAAGGAGCAACACGAAAGCAGUACAUUGAGCAACUUAAGUUGGAUUUAGGAUCAUAUUAUGGAUACAACGAGUUCCUUAUUUCUUCAUUUGUUGAGAUGUUUCCACCUGUUGAACUUAUGGAACUGAUCGAAGCUUUCGAAAAGCCUCGACCAAUUACCCUUCGUACCAACACAUUAAAGACACGAAGACGUGAUCUAGCUGGUGUCUUGUUGAAUAGAGGUAUCAACUUAGACCCGCUAAGCAAGUGGUCAAAGGUUGGUUUGGUUGUUUAUGAUCAUCAAGUGCCGUAUGGUGCAACCCCGGAGUAUAUGGCUGGUCAUUACAUGGUGCAAAGUGCAAGUUCUUUUUUACCUGUAAUGGCACUUGCUCCUCAGGAGAAGGAACGCAUUGUUGACAUGGCGGCUUCACCUGGUGGUAAAACGACUUACAUUGCAGCUCUUAUGAAAAACACUGGUAUAAUUUACGCUAAUGAGAUGAAAGAGGCUCGGCUCAGCAAACUAACAUCGAAUCUGCAACGUUUGGGCGUUACAAACACUGUAGUAUGCAGCUAUGACGGGAGGGAGCUGCCGAAAGUUUUGGGAAACAACACAGUAGAUAGGAUUUUGUUGGAUGCCCCUUGCAGUGGUACCGGGGUUAUAUCUAAAGAUGAAUCUGUGAAAACCUCAAAAACUGCUGUUGAUGUGCAAAACUGUUCACGUCUACAGAAGGAACUAAUACUUGCAGCAAUUGACAUGGUGGAUGCAAACUCCAAAUCAGGCGGUUACGUGGUUUAUUCCACAUGCUCUAUGAUGGUCAUUGAGAAUGAAGAUGUUAUAGACUAUGCACUCAAGAAGAGGGAUGUGAAACUUGUGCCAUGCGGAUUAGACUUUGGUCGCCCAGGGUUUGUUCGCUUUAGGGAAAGCCGAUUUCAUCCUUCGUUGGAAAAGACGAGACGUUUCUAUCCUCAUGUUCAUAACAUGGAUGGUUUUUUUGUAGCAAAGUUGAAGAAAAUGAGUAAUUCUAAGGCGGCUCCAGCAGCGGCACAAGUGGCGGAAGAUGGUGGUUCUGAGAUUGAACCUAGCACCAUAGAGACCCCGGCACCUCAGAGUAACGUUAUCUCUAAAAAAGAACAGAAUAAAGGGUCACGGAAAGAUAAAGUUGAUAAUCUUUCUCUUAAGAGAAAGAAAGAAGAAAAACCUAAUGCACCUACUGAGAAGAGGAAGAAGUACAAACCUCCUCCUAGAGAAGAGAUCUCAAAAGCCAGGGAAGAGAAAAGACAAGCAUUGAGAGAAGCCAAGAAGAAAGGCAAAUCUAAGGUUUAACACUAUAUUCAUAACGUGGAAUUCGUUGGAUGGUCGUGUUUUAAGGAGACUUUGUAAGAGUUAUAGGUUUGUUUGCUGGAAGCUGGGCACAGCUUUCUUGUUGUUCGAUGUUGGUUGGUUUUGGCAUGGCAAUGUGUCUUAUAAAUUUUGUUUCUGGGUUUUCCAGUUUUGUUAUUUCUUUUAGGGGAAUACCUUUUUGAUUUAAAAGGAAGUAGAUCUAUCAAAUUUUGAUAUGAAAUAUUUAUCAAGUUAAUUACCUAAUGAAAUAUUCAUUGUUUUUUC